AUAAUCGCGAUGAAUGAAUCAUCCUUCCUUGAUACACCUCUAGAUAUUACUUUUCUUUUACUCAACUGUCCUUAGUUCUAAAUCUUACUUUUUCUUUUCAUUUAUUUAUUCUGCAGCGAUCAUCGCCAUGAUGAUGAACGAAAGAUUGGGCACCACUGGCAACAGGAUAACCAGCAAAAGAAUCCAUUUCAAAUUGAGAUUCGGCAAUCUGAGAAAUGCACGGUGAAUUCACUUUUACGUGAAACAACUAAAUGUAACGGGAAAUUCAAUAUCUUCAUGUGCAAGCUGUUGCAACGGUCUAGACGAGCAGGAAAUCAUUUCAGCACUUGGCCAGGAAUGGCAUGCGGAUUGCUUCAGAUGCUCCGUUUGUGAUACCCACUUGUGUAGUUGGUAUUUCGAGAAGGAUGGUAUGCUAUUUUGCAAAGAUGAUUAUUGGCAGAAAUACGGAGAACAUUGUCAGCAAUGUAAUCAGAUAAUAUCCGGUCCUGUUAUGGUAGCCGGAGAUCAUAAGUUCCAUCCAGAGUGCUUUCGUUGUGAUGCAUGUAAAAAUUACAUAGGCGAUAAAGAAACAUAUGCACUGGUGGAGCGAUCUAAAUUGUUCUGUGGACAAUGCUACAAGCGUAAAAUCCAAGAAUUAAAUCUUAAAACAGGAAUUGACAUCCCGGACAACACUAUGACCCACACUAAUGAGAAUGAUCUGAAAAAGACGCAUCAUUCGAUCCGGUUGGUGGAAAUACCUUGGUCCAAUGCUAGAAAAGAUGGCAUUAGAUUAGCAGUAGAUGGCAAUAGAUAUGGUGUUUCUCAACAUUCUAAGACCGGAGAUUGCAAAGGUGUACGGAUUUCAGAAGUAUUUUGUACAUUUUAUGGGCACUUAGGAAAGUACCUAUUUUCUCGUGUAUCAUCUGCCCUUGAUGCUUGUUGUGGGCUGAUUCAUUGUAGAAUCGAUUUAGUCACUGAUUUAACGUCUCUUCAUAUCGGGGAUAAAAUAUUAGAAGUCAAUGGUACCCCCGUGAAGGAUUCUCCAUUGGAGAAUGUGGAAAAGUUAAUCAAAGAUUCCGGUAAAGUGUUGCAACUAACGAUAGAGCAUGACCCAGAAGCUAUAAAUCUCAUCAAACAAAACUGCAAACCCGAUGAAUUUUGCGAUGUGAUUUCACGGGAUAUUGAUGGGUCCAAUGAACCUAUUUCAAGAGAUCUAUCAACUUCACCGAAUAAGUUUGAUAAGGAGAGACUUUUCCGUAAAAAAGACGAAGGUUAUAUGAGUGGAUCAUCCAGGAAGUUAAAACGAGGCAAGGACACUAACUGUAAUAAUUCCUCAAACAAUCUCAAAGAAAAAGAGCGUAGUUCCAGUAUGUCCAAGUUGUUAGACGAAAAUCAUCAACAUCACAGUGGCGAGUUCUACGAUCUUUCGCGUACAAAAUCGUUCAGAGUGGAGCAAAAGGCUGCGCGUAUUUUUCGUGCGUCUGAUCUAGUUCAAGGUGAGCUGUUGGGUAAGGGAUUUUUCGGUCAAGUGUUCAAGGUGACUCACCGAGUAACUCAAGAAGUGAUGGUACUUAAAGAACUUUAUCGUGUGGACGAAGAAGCUCAAAAAAAUUUCCUAAAAGAGGUAGCCGUAUUACGAUCUCUGUCUCAUCACAAUGUGCUAAGAUUUAUCGGCGUGCUAUAUAAAGAUAAAAAGUUACACUUGGUAACAGAAUACAUCCCUGGGGGCUCGUUGAAAGAGUUAAUUCACGAUUCUGGAUUGCCACUCCCGUGGGAACAGCGACUCAGCUUCGCUCGGGACAUUUCGUGUGGUAUGAGCUACUUACAUUCCAUGAAUAUUAUUCAUCGAGAUCUGAACUCUUUAAACUGUUUGGUACGAGAGGAUAAAACAGUGAUCGUAGCUGAUUUCGGAUUGGCACGAAUAUUAAAACAACCGUUUACAACUGCUUAUGAAAAGUGUUCACAGUCGAAUGGUUCUGGAUCGAUUGGAAGGAGAGAGCGUCCAAGACGACAAAGAUAUACCGUUGUGGGUAAUCCAUAUUGGAUGGCUCCGGAAAUGAUGCGUGGAAAUAAGUAUGACGAAAAAGUGGACAUAUUCUCUUUCGGUAUUGUGUUAUGUGAAAUCAUCGGUCGAGUGCAAGCUGAUCCAGAUUUUCUCCCAAGAACCUCGGAUUUUGGUCUCAAUCAGGUGGUCUUCAAAGAUAAAUUUUGCACACAAUGCCCCGAACCAUUCUACAAAAUUGCGUUCCUGUGUUGCGAUUUGAACCCUGACAAGAGGCCACCUUUCGACUUGUUGGAAAUUUGGUUCAAAGGUAUGGUAAGGAAUGGUGUACCCGGGUCUCUGUUUCCACCCCACAUUGUGUAUGAGAUCGAGCAUUUUAAAGGACAGAAAAGUAAUGAUUCCAGUAAGUGUACAACGCCUGAUGGAUUGGCCACACCACCGGCCAGUGGCGUGAAACCUUCGAUGAGCUUCAAACGAAUAAGCGAAGAAAUAGCGGAAGAUCAAAUGGGUAAGGAAGUCAUGAAAAAAGUGGAUAUGGGUAUUGAUAUGGCCGAUAGUGUAAAAUGUUCAUUAGAGUCGAACAGUGAAAUAUCAAUGAGAAAAUCUCCAACAGAUAAACAGGAAAUAAGCACCAUUAUCUCUAACAAGAACCCCUGCAGUGGUAAAAAUAACGUUAGUGGAUUAAUAGAAAGUGAAGCGUCAAUUCCGACUUCCCCACAUUUAAGUAAGGAUUUCUCUCCGAACGGGGAUCGCAUAAGGGACAGUAUCAGAGCAAAGCGUAGACAACGAAUGCUGAUGAGCCGUGAGCAUCAGCGCAAGUCACUAGAUGCAAGUAACUUGGUGAUGAAGUUAUGUGAUGCUGAUUUAGCUAGUCAUAACGACACAAGCUUAUCAGAACCAACCAGUUUGAUACAGAUAGAUACCGAUAGGCUGAUUUCACCGGUUGCAACUAGAGACGUACUAAAUAGCGUGCGAGAUACUUUAAAAAAACAUUCAGAUAUUGUCAUUAGAACAGAAGAAAUACCUAGGGCCAAACACUACGGAGAGAAGGGUUUCAUUAUAAAUUUGAAUAAUGGAAGUUUGACACUGAAUAAUGUUAAAGACCUCGAGGGUUGUUCUGACUUUGAUUCGAGUUGUGAUACAAGUUUAAAUUUUAUUGAAGUUAAUGAAACUAGUAGCUCUUCAGUGCCAGCACUCAAAGAAAAAGUAGAUACAAUGACUACGGAAAAGGACGUGAGAAACAUUUGGUCAAUUCAUCCAAAGUCUACUACUGACCAAAAUGAACCGACGUCAAUCAAAAGAAAUAUGGAAGAUAUUAAAACUUUUUUAGCUAUGAAUCGUAAAGAUUCAACUGAAAAGCAAUACGAGAAGGAAAAUCUCAAAACUGAAGCUACGAAUCGGGAUUCGAAAAGUCGAAUAUUCAGUAAAAUAAAUCCGUUGGCUAAUAUUCUUGGCGGGAGGAAUAGUUCACCGGACAAAACUCGUUCCAAAAGUCCGGUUAAAAAAGGAAAGGUUAACUCAAAGUUAAAUUCUGUUAACGAUGAUCCAAUUUUGGAAAAUCGUAAUAGUUGUUCUUCUCCUUCGUCCAGUUUGAAAAAAAGUGAUUCAGGCAAUCAGUCCAAAACCUCGCAGUCAAAUAAUGCAGAUAAAUCGAUGUUUAGCUCGAAAAAAAUUUCUCCUACUUCGGAUUUGAAACCUCAGUCCAGUUUUGGAGCAAAUUUGUCUGCCGGAGAAGUUUCUGGCAAUGGCAUUUCAAGGCUCAAUGCAACAAAAAAUUUAUAUUCGGAUAAAAAUUUUCCUCACGUUUUUAACUAUAGGAGCAACAAAAAGACACCAAAUACACCAAUAUCUCAUGGUUCUGCCGUCGCUUCGGAUGCCAUAUGUACAAGUAGGUAUAGUACUUACUCUAUGAACACAUUUUCAAAUAAUCAUAGUAAUAAGUUAAAAACAACUUCAAUAACCAACUCAAUGAGCAGGAAGCCUCCAAUUAGUGGAAGUGUACCUAAUAAUAGUUCAGGAAUAAAUUUACUUGGCCUAGGAAAAAAUCGUACCUUUAAACCUAAGGAAAACAGCUCCAAACAGCAAUCGAAACUCCGGAAUUCUGUGUGUAUUCAGGAACGACCAGUUGAACGAUACGUGGCCUUAUCAUCUCCCCAAAGUAGUGGUAGUGGUAAUAAUUCUCGAACUGAAUCACCUUCGCCUACUGGAGCAAAUGCUAAGAUUCGAUCUUCUAAUCGCGCUACGAUGUUGUCUCCUGAGAAUAUUCACAAUCUAAAUAAAAGACUCCUGGAAACUCGCAAAAACACAAAAGAUACGGGAGCUUCUACGAGUAAUCCAAUGGGUUGUGCUCAGAAUGGUUAUUUGGAUACCAGCGAGAAUGAAACAAGUCAACCCCGCCCGGGUCAUCCCCGACGCUUGGGUGGAGAUGCUCAUAAAACAAGUCUUACUAACAUAAAACAGAAACGCAUCGAUGCUAAAGCUACUUCAGAUUAGGUGUUCCAAAAUCCCUUCGUUAUUUUUUGGUCAUGUAGGUAACUUCAUCUCUCAAUGUUAAGUUCAUUUGGAUGAUAAUGGAUCUGUAAGGUCAAAGAGCUUAACUGGUUCCUACUCAUCCUUGAUUACAAAAAGUUUUGUUUCAGUUUUAUUACGCAUGUUUUUUCGAGAAUUAUUUCAUUCAGGUACAUAUAGAGAUUUUAAGAUUAUUUUUUUGGCUUUGCGUAACAAUCCGUUGAAGACCUUGUUUCAACGAUAGUUUCACUGGCCCUUCUAUAGGAGCCCUUUCGCUCCAAACCAGAAGAAAGAAGAAGAAGUUUCAACGAUAGUGAAGAUAAAAUUUUAAAUUGGUUGAUUUCAUAUAAUUUGUUAUUUAUUUCUGAUCAUGUACCGCAUACUUUCUAAAACUUUUGAAAGAACUUAACUUUACCGUGUCCAUCAAUUGAGGGGAUGAAUAACACGAGAGUGUUAAAAUCCCAGAAAAACAAAAAAACAAAAGUGUCCAUCAAUUGUAACUAAGGUUUACAAUUGAAAAAACAUCUUCGAAUAAUUACAGUCAGCUUCACUGCAUCUACUUAUAUACUUACUUACUUACUUAAUGAUCCCGCGCCGAUCCUCCGGUGCAUAGGGCCGUGGUAAAAGACCUCCACUGUUGACGAUCCGGAGCCUGCGUCUUCACCUGGUCCCAGUCAAGAUUCUCGUCGACAGUUCGGAUUUCAGCGGCUAGGCUUCGCCGCCACGAGUUUCUGGGCCUGCCUCUUCUUCGAUGACCUUCUGGAUUCCAAUCUAGCGCCUCUCUGCAAAUCUCGUUUUCAUCUUUCCGCAGCGUGUGCCCAAUCCGUCUCCACUUACGUUCCCGAAAAUCGAUUUCUAGUGCCCUUUGAUGACACCGGCGAUGUAGUUCCUGCAUCUACUGUGUGUUGAAAAACAAAUUACAAUAUUCCUUUGCAGGAUACGGAAAACUCAAAUGUUGAUAUGAAAUUUUGGUUAGAGUACUGGUACAAACUGAAAUCACUGGAAUCUUAACUUGUACUCACUGGAGAUUGGUAUAGUACUAACUCAACAAACUAUUCGACUCUGUAUUAAUAUGCUUAUGGAAUUUUCUGGAAACGACAGAAUUAUAUCUAUGAAUUACGUAUAGAAGAUUCUAGAUCCUUCUAAGGAAUUAUAAUCGAACUUUCUAGAAACAUCGGAACCUACAAUAAUAUAGAAAUGGAACAUUUUGGAACCUUCCGGGGUAGAACCUGCUAGUAAUGGAAUUUUCUGGGUAAAGAAUCUCCAGAAGUCCUCGAAUAUUGGUUGCAACGAUUCCACUAGGAUUCACGAAACGUUCUUCUAGAAUUCCUCAAGGUCUCUGAAUUUUCAUGUCAGACAGAUGACCAAUCUGUUUGUUACUCUAGAUGAAAUUAAUAUAUAAAUAUACUUGUUGAUUAAAAACAUUAUUACUGUCUCAUCAUUUCCACAAUAUCAGCGGAAAGCUCUUCCUUUUUGGGCCUGCUUUUUUAAUUGACCCAAAAGAUCUUCAGUAAUGUGAUAAAAAUUGCCUCUAGAAGACAGUUUUAGAAGGGCAGUCUUCACUCGUUUGGCAGAUGCUAUGUCAGAAACAUUGAUUUUAUCGAGAAUUGGAGAACAAACUUUACAUACCUGAAAUAAUGAGAUUCAAUCGAUUAAGUCCCUCGAGGUUUUUCAAAGUCUAGGAACCGGAGAGCAAACAGGCACAAGCCUUACCAGCUUUUGCUAAAUGAGGGAAAUCUUUUACAUUUGUAACAUCCUCCAUAUGGUUGAGCAGUUUGCAGUUGGGCCAGGUUACGCCAUAACUUUUCUCUAGUUUCUAAACUUAUCUAUGAAUUUGUCAUACUCUGCUACAACGUCUGUUACGGUAUGCAACAAAGUGAAUGCUUUGACCCUAACAAAACUAACAAUAAUGUUGAAUACGGUCAGCUGUGUUUCUUUGAAAAUCUCUCUCAUGUGAUUGGUGAAAGGAGAGUACCCGUGAUGGGAGACCAUGUCCGUGCUUAAGCGCUCAUCGGCUUACUCGAUUUCAAAUCAAAACUCCAGCAUAUAUACCCUGCCUCUUGUUACGAUUCAAGACUUAGGACCUCACAUCUGACAACUAAAGGUCUAGCCUUUACUCGUAACUCAAGGCUCACUUGAUUACCACGACUAUUGUGCGCUUCGCCUCUGUUCGAGACCACUGCUAGAGACUAAUGACCUCUCCUCUAAAGACUUGAGGUCUUGGCUCCGCUUGGUUUGGCUCAAGGCCCUCUCCUCUUUGUCCGCCCGUGUGCCGAUCGAGAGCAGCUUUUUCUGGACACACGCUUGUCACAGGAGAAACACUUACGGGGCUUGUGCUGAAUCGGAAGCAGCUUAUCCUAGACUCGUGCCUGUCACAGCACACGUACGGGUCUUUUACGCUUGCGAUUCAGAUGAAUCCCGACGGUGAUGUCAUCCUACCCGGCUCGAGUGGCUCAUCCGACGAUGACGAGACCACUCUACGUAAAUACUCUUAACCCUACGAGUUCAACUGCGGAGAAGGUCAUGUCUUAUUCCCGUCUUAUCUCUCAGACUACAAGUCUAGCACUGUAUCAUCAUCGUGCAAGACGAUCCUAUCGCUGCUAAACGUGUCGGUAGCCAACACUUACACUAUUAGUCAAUUUAUAAAAUCCAAUCGUUUCAAAUGUUUGUAAAGGUAAACACCAUUAUAAGUGUUGGCGAAAUCGUUUGAAGCCGGCGUUAUAGAUCCUGGUACUGCGCCAUUGGCAUCUAGAAUGUUGAUUGUCUGACAUGCUGCUUCAUUCGGUUGUUCUGAGGAACUAUGCUGGAAACGUAAGUUUGGAUGUUAACGGUUUUGCAAUAUGAGAAAAACGUGGUAUUAACCGCCGGUAGUAGCUAAUGGUUUCCAAAAAUAAUUUCAUUUCUUUUGGGGUCCUGGGAAGAGGCCAAGUAUUCCACUUUACGAGGAUUAGGUUUAACUCCUUCGGCCGUUACAACAUGACCAAGGAAUUCAACUUCCUUCCAAGACGUCUUCUUAAAACCGAAUCCAUCAACCGUUGAAAAGUCGCUGGUGCGUUUUUCAAACCGAACGGCAUACGAACAAACUAGUAUUUGCCGUGGUCGACAUCGAAAGCGGUUUUCGGGAUAUCUUUGGGAUCCACCUCGAUUUGGUGGAAUCCACUAGCCAAAUCCAAGACUGUGAAAUAUUGAGCUUUUCCCAAUCUGUCUAAGAUUUCACUGACUUUAGGUAUCGAGAACUGUCAGCGGGAGUCUUCUUGUUGCGUUUUCUAUAGUCUACAAUUCUGAUUUUGAAUUGUCAGACUUUAGGAACAACCCAAAUGGGAGAAGUCAAUUGAGAUGGCGACUCUCUAAUUAUUGCGUUAUUCAAUAGCCUAUCAAUUUGGGCUGAUUUUUCUCCCCUUAGAUGAUAAGGAUAUUUGUAUGUUUUUUGAUGAAUUGGUUUUUUAUCAAUAGUUCCAAUAUUAUGCUAUACUUCAUGUGUAAAGAUUAACUUUUCAUCUUCAUGGAAGAACACGCUCUUAUAUGGCUUUAAAGUCUUAGCCAAGAGUUUUAUCUCUUUGUUUAUUGUUGUUUAUUAGAAUAAAUCAACGGAUCAUAUGUAGGUAGAUCCUAAUGGUAACUUAGUAGUAAUUACAAUUUAAAAUAAAAAUUAACACAGGUCUAUACAGUUCUUGAAACAGUUGAAAUUUUCUCCGGAACACGUUCCUUGAAACAUCUAAGUCGAAAUGCUUAGAAAAGCGAUUGAACGUUUUCAAUAUGCCACUGAAGGCGCUGUUCGCUCCAUAGUUGUUGAGACGAAUAGGAACAUAGAGCUGCAAAAGCUGGUUUCUUAAUCCUCGGGGACGCACACUGAGAGGAAUGGCCUCCAGCAAAACAGGACAGUCAACUCUGGACGUUAAGGGAUAAGCAACAACUAGAGAGCGCGUUGCGUUUCUGCGGGCUUGAAGCGUAUCUAGGUCUAUAAAGCGGCAGCGAUUAUCAUAGCUUGGUAAACGGAACGGGUCUUGCCAGUUCAGAUGAAAUAGGGCAUACCCCAUUAAGCGACGGAUGGAUAGCCUCGAUUCGUUUAGCCCCAUUCUGGUAGAAAGAGCACCAAACAGCUGAAGCAUACUCGAGGAUGGAUAGUUCAUUCAGCAGUAAAGACUUUUCAGGCAAUACACAUCUUCGAAGUCUUUGGCCAUGCCAAAUAAGAAUCCAAGGUUUCGGGAUGCUUUGUCCACGAUAUAGUUUGUGUGAGUCUUAAACUCCAGCCGUUGAUCGAGAAUAACGAGAAUUGAUUCCGUCUCCGAGAGCGUACUUCACAUAAAAAGGGUGUCGCUUACGAGAAAAUCAUACGACCGAGCAUUUACUGCGAUUCAGGGGCAGGCAAUUGAAGUCACUCCAUUGAGCAAACACAUUGAGCUGCUGCUGCACAGCAGGGCUUUUAACUUUUUUCGACGAUUUCACAUGAUCAGGGUUGAUGUAUGAUUUAUUGGCUCCUGUAUCCACUAGGAAAUUCAGCAAGCCUUUUGUUGUUGGAAUUCUAACGUAUGGGACGAAGUUCAAGUUGGUUUUUUGUUUAAUGUGACCAUCUAAUAAUUUAAUUCACCUGCCUCUACAUGUCGAAUUUUUCCUCCCCCCGUCCCUCUUCCAACUCACUGUUGUGAACAGUGCUGCAAAUAAUCAGUGUCAGAUUUCAAUUUUCAAUUGAAUUUACUGCAGUGUACGCUCAGUUCAUUUCCAUCUGCAUUCAUCUGAUAAUGAGCAGAAAGCUCAAUCCCGAAAGCACUCAGCAUACCUGUUCACGAAUUGCAGGACCAUGAGUUUAUCCAAUCUUCAUUUUCAGUAUCAAGCAAACAUUGCUGAAAGUGAAAAAAGCUCAAUUCGCUAAUCAUUAAGUUAUCUGAAUGGUGACAAAGCUUGUUCGAUGCGCUAGACUUGCGGAAAUUGAAUAAUUACUGCUGAGAUUCCUAUUUUUUAAGGAUUUUGAUAAGAAAAAAACGUGAUAGUGUGUAGAGGUGAGGUGGGAAGGUUGAGAAAUAAAUGUUCGGGUUGGCGAGAAGAACGCUGGCGAGGGAGCGUGUGGGACGAAUGUGGGGGACAAAAUUACGACAAAAAUGUAACAAAAUUAUGACACAAAUAUGACAAAAAUUUGGCAAUAAAAUUACAAAACAUGACAAAUGUGGUAAAAGCACGUAAAAGUAUGACAAAAUUAUGACAAAAAAAAAUACAAAAAUCUGACAAAAAUGACUUUAAUUUUACAAUAUAAUAAAAAACCAGCGCAACUCUGUUGAAAAUAUGACAAAUUUGAUUUAAAAAUAUUACAUUUUUUUAAGACAAGCGGGAUAAAAAUAUGACGAAUACAUAUAUAACAAUAAAAUGACAAUAUCAUGACAUAAAAUUGUGAUAAAAAUAAAACAAAUUUAUGACAUAUGUAAAUAAGACAAAUAUGACCAAUUUAUGAUUAAAAUACAAAAAAAAAUAAAUUGAAGGGACAAAAAUGUCGUCAAACAAUGUAAAAUUAUGACAAAUGUCAAAUCUUUCAGAAUGUUGCCAUUUUUAACCAAAUUUGUCAUUAAUUUGCCAUGUUUUUUUCAUUUUAUUGUUAAAUUUUUUAAGAUGAUUUUGUCAUAUUUAUCAGAUUUUUACCAUAAUUUUGUCUUAUUUUUAACACAUUUGUUAUAUUUUUGACUAAGGUUUGUCGAUUUUUUGUCAUUUUAUUGUUAAAUUAAUGUCAUAUUUCUGUCUUAAUUUUGACAUAUUUUUGUCAGAUUUUUGUCAUAAUUUUUUAAUUUUAGUGUCUUGUUUUGUUAUUGUAUUGUCAAAAUUUCGCUAUAAUUUUGUAAUAUUUUUCAUAUUUUUUGUCACAUUUGUCAAAUUUGAAUCUCAUCUUUCAGAUUUUUGUCAUAUUUUUUUUAUUUUUUGUCAGUUUAUAGUUCAUUUUUUGUCAUAUUUAGGCCAUAAUUUUGUCAUAUUUGUCAGAUCUUGGUCAUACUAAAUAUUGUCAUAAUUUUGUCUUUUUUUCACCAUAUUUAUUACAUUUUGUCAUAAUUUUGUCACUUUUUGACCAUAAUUGUCAAGAUUUUGUCAUAUUUGUCAGAUGUUCGCCAUGUCGUCAUCAAGAAAUUUAUAUUCAUCUCUCUUCCCGUCCCCUCUGAAUAAUCGUUUAGUCUUAGCGAAUUUCCAAUCGUGUUUUCUUUUCCAGUCCCAUUUCAAAAUUUUCGAAAAUGGCAAAAACAAAUGCCUACUGAAUUUCGCUGACACUGAUUGAAUGCUAAAGCUACAUUCACCGAUCGAAUGCAGUGAGUGACAGAAACGCCUAAGCGAAAGACGCUUUCGUAGCAGUCGAGUGAAACAAGUUAGUUCGGGUUUACGAGUAAGCUUUCUACUGACUGAUAGACAUACUCGCAAAGCUUGCCGUAAGCACGAAGAUGACCGAGCCGAUCAGAAGCUUUUAUAUUCGUUGACUUUUCUAUUCCAUUCAUUUCAGUUCAAGCUUUUUACACUGAUAGAAAAUCACAGUCAAUAUCAUUCGUUCCUUUAGAAAAUUUGCAGAAUUUCCGCCUUCGCUUUGAAUGCAGGCUUUGGCAAGACUUUUUUAUUAGAUGAAUGUUUUGAAUAAGGCUUGAAAUCGUAUUUAUUUUCACUUUUGUUGGGGUAUUUGUGUUUGAAUUUACUGUUUAUUGUUGUUGUAGCUAGAGGCCAAGCCUCGUUCUCGCAGACAGUUUUAUUAACCAAACCUACCAAGUCAGCACAUCCUACCAGCGCAUCACUCGCUCGUAGACUGUGGCGUGGUCGGCAACGAUGUGUUCCUAAAGCUGAAUUAUUCCAUUGUGCCAUAAUAUCGAGAAACAUGGCUUUGAACUUAGGCCAGUUCUCACUUUGACCAUCGAAUGUCGGGAUAGAUGCCUUGAAAGGUUGUUGACCAAUAACGACUUGUGGUGGUUUAGAGGUUGUAUUCUCGGAAAUGUCAAUAAUACAUGUCUCAACAACAGCUGACACUUCCUGGUUUAUUUGAUAAAUGAACCAUAGAAUUCUUCAUUCUCCUCAAAUCUUCUUCUAAUAAAUAAUCAGCGAUCCGAUUGUGAAGGUUUACGAACUCUGUGGCUGCAUUCAAACAUUUCACAAUUACCUUGAGUUGGGUUUGGUUUAAUUGUACCCUUGGAUUCCGCACUACAGCCUCAAUUCGUUGUACCUUCAAAAACACAAGUCCACGUUUCCGAAGUAGAGCUACAUAUUUCUUGAAGACAUCAUUGUUAUUAUCAACUUUAACUGAUUUUGAAAUCAUGCGCGUCGGUGCAUCCGAAAAUCCAACGAACUUUUCACUAAUCUUCCUAGUGGGCGAACGCUCGAGCGGCAUUUUGAAAGCUUCUUUUUUGUUUCUGCUUUUAUCACUUCUUUUGCACCAUUAACGUGUCUGAUUUUACUUAACUUUUCAUCCUUUCACUUAAAGUUUUCAUAUUGUCUCUAUCCUUUUACCUCAACUGGUUUUCUCUCUAUUAACUGUAUCUUCACUGUAUCUCCGCACUGUAUAUCUGCUUUGAAGGACUAAAUGUUCCGUUGCAGGAAACUGAAUGCAAAAACGUUGGCAGGAAAACUCGGUUAGAACACUGGAAACAUUAAAAUCGCCGACAGUUCAAAGCUCUAGUAUUUUCACUGACGUUGAUAGGGAUAACUUUCUUGGUACUUGGAUUCACAAACAUAUUUUUUUUUGUAUUCGGGAACACCUAAUUUUCACUUAAAAAGCAAGCUUAAGGAUGCACUUAUACUCACUGAAGGUUGGAGCAAUUUUUUUUUCUUGGGAUUUUCAUCCAAUAGCAUGAUUCAUCCCUAAAACAAACUAAACAAAUUACUCGAUCCUAUAUUUAUAUGCUAAUGGAGUGUACUGGAAACGUUGGGAUUAUAUGAAACAAUUACGUAUAGAAUAUUAUAGAUUAUUCUAAGGAAUUAUAAUGAAACUUUUAAGAAACAUCGGUGAGUACAAUGCCAAUGCAAUGAUAUAGAAAUGGAACCUUCUAUAGUAAAUAAUGCUGGUAAUGGAAAAUUCUGGAACUUUCUGUUAUGAAACAUGCUAGUUGCUAGUGACUGAACUUCCUGGAUAUAGAAUCUUCUAGAGUAUUCUUCAAGCGUAUUGGUAUACGCUUGAACAUUCAUUGAGCACCUUGAAUCCAAAUUUUGGCACCUGAAAAAAAUCUCGUUAGCAUCUCCUCUUCUCUAUGAUCAACUACAGAUUUACCGCGUAAUAUUGAGCCCCAAACAUCGUUUAACACCACAUUUUUUCCUCCCUCGCAGCAUUUCGGAGCUGUAUUAUUUGAGUAAACAAUAAGUACUAUAAACAAACAAUAGACAUUAAAACUCUUGAUUUUACAUAGAUGAUAAGAUAAAUUGGACUGUGAUAUCAUGUAUAUGUGUAAUGAAUUAACCUGUACUGUCUACUAGCCUAGAUAAAUCCAAUAAAGCUAACAGAAUAGUCUAAGGCGAUCUUCGACUGACAAGAAAGAAGCAAGAGUAGUUAGAUUGAGUUGUUCGAAUUCGUUCUGAAUCGUUAGAGCAGUAGAAUGUGAGAAACAAAACUGUAGUUUGAUAUGUGUGUAUUCUUGAAAAAUCAUUAACAGAUGGGAAGUGAAACCGAAAAUGUAUAAGUGAGUAAAAAAAUAAGACAUAUAAUUUUACUCAGAUCCAAGUAAAAGACAACUGAACAACCUGGUGUGAUACUGAAUUUGUAUUUUUCGAUUUUUUUUGGCCAUACUAGUUUAGGACCUGAUUUACCAGAAACAAAAAUUACAUUCCGCUUGAUUGGACAAAAGCGUGAAACUGAGAGAAAAAAAACCAACUCUGCCGUUCAGUUCGAGAAAUGAUUAUUUACAAACCAAUCACCUAUAGGAUUUAUAUUUAGUUACUGCAGACAGAAUAAUUUAUUAACGACCCGCUUAGACAGUGCGUGUGCCAUGUGCACAUAUUUUGUUAAACCAAACACAUUGUUCUGAAAUAUAAAAACUAAUAACCGA